UAAGCGGAACAUUGACUAAGACCAGUCUUCAGCUUUCGAGGAUUCUGAACAGUUCUAAGCAUGAAGUUUGCAAUAACGAUUUUAGUCUGUUUAGGCUUCGCAGUGGCGGCCACAACAUUGCCAGAGUUCAGAAUUGCCAAUAAAGGUUUCUUAGAAAAACAAAAAUUUCUUCUCGAGAUAGUCUAUCGUGUGACGGAUCCCUUGAUGUUCGAUGAAUGGAUUAAGCUAGGCACCACAUUUGUCACUGACAGAUCUUACUAUAAGCACUAUGAUUACCACAUGGAAAAAUUCUGGGAAUCCUACAAGCUGAAAACCCUCUUGCCUAGAGGUGAAUUUUUUGGUGCACUUGUCGAGACUCACCAUAAACAAGCGUGGGGACUAUUUAAUUUCUUCUACUUUGCCAGGGAUUGGGAAACAUUCAUGCACAAUGUUUGCUGGGCUCGUAUGCAUGUUAAUGAAGGCUUAUUCGUGUAUGCCCUUAGUAUGGCGGUUAUUCAUCGUGAAGAUCUUAAUGGUUUGGUACUACCAUCCAUCUAUGAAAUUUUUCCACAACAUUUCUUUACAAGCGACUUCAUCUACAAGGCUGAGAAGUACGACUAUAGUGUUUGGAAAAAGCAGACCAUGUACGAACUGGAAUAUCAGCAACAUUUUGAGGGAAUGGAUUUGUAUAACCACAGUUAUUAUGGGGACCACAUAAAGGAAUGGAAAAUGUGGCAAUGGUGGAAACAGAUGGGUCUCGACAAACACCAUUGGUAUGCCGAAGACAACUAUAUGCUACGAGAGACUAUCCAUGAAGUUAAUCAAGACCCGAAAGGGAAGAUCUUGCUGAAUGAUCUGAAAAUGUGGUGGAUGCCUGCCGAUUACACUCGCGACAUUGAUUUCUUCAAUAGGGAAUCGGUCCACUCCUACUUUACUGAGGAUGUAGGCUGGAUGUCAUUCUGGUAUUACUUGAAUAUGGAUCAAGCAUUUUUCUUGGACUCUGAGACCUUCGCUUCGAAUGGGCGCCGCGGAGAGUUUUGGCUUUACGCCGUCCACAAAGUUAUGUCUCGAUAUUAUAUGGAACGAUUGUCGCAUGGCUUUGGCGAAAUUCCCGAAUUUUAUUGGAUGCAGCAAAUUGAACAUGGUUAUAAGCCUCAAUUGGUAGCUUGCAAUGGCAUUGGGUACAGUUAUCGGCCAAAUUACUACGAUUUCAAAACAUAUGCCAACCUUGAAAUGUUUAACAAAAUUCAAAAUGCAUUCCAACGCAUCUACGAUAUAAUUGACAUGGGCUACUAUCGUAUGCACGAUGGCCAGAUCAUUGAUCUACGACAUGAAAAUGCACUGGAGCAUAUAAGUAAUUUGGUGCAGGGCAACAUUGAUGUGUUCGAUAAGUACUUCUUUAAUUACUACUAUUUGCUCAGUCACAUGUUUAUAUCGCAGGUUGGCAAAGGUGACAUCGAAGUCAGUCCAAGUGUAAUGCUUAAUUAUGAGACCAUGGUUCGUGAUCCAUAUUUCUAUGUUUUCCACAAAAAAAUAGCAGAUGCCUUCUUGCGUUUCAAAGGUCAACUGGAGCCAUACUCCAAGGAGGAACUUAUGUUUUCUGGAGUGGAAAUUAAAGAGGUGCAGGUAACCGAAUUAGUUACAUUCUUCGAUUUAGUGGACUUUGAUCUGACAACUUUGCGAAAUGAUAAGAUGAUUUUCCAAGACGGUCGUUUGGUGUGGGACAAGAUGCUUUUGGCCAGGCAAAUGCGGUUAAACCACAAACCCUUCGGUUUUAAUUUAACUGUUGUAUCCGACAAAGAUCAACAAGCUUUAGUUCGGAUAUUCCUUGCUCCCAAGCAUGAUGAAUUUGGAAGAGCUCUUAGCCUGGCAGAUAACCGUGAAAACUUCCUAACACUGGGUAAAUUUGCUAUUGAUUUGAAAGCAGGCAUGAACGUGAUUAGCUACAAUUCGGAUGAGUUCUAUUGGACCCAAAAAGAUCGCACAACAUACACUGAAUUAUACCACAAUGUGAUGAUGGCCAUAGAAGGCAAAUACAAGUUCCCAGUUUAUGUAAGGGAAACAUAUUGUCUGUUCCCGAAUCGUUUAAUUUUGCCACGUGGAUGGGAAAAGGGGAUGCCAAUGACAAUGUUCUUCAUGGUAACCGGAUAUGAAAUGCCCAAUGUGGAGAAAUCGCAACUCAAGACGUCGUAUUCUUGUGGUUUUGGGUAUGGCGGACGUUUCACCGACGACAAACCUUUGUUCUAUCCAUUCGAUCGUGAUAUCUCCGAAGAGGAAUUCUUUGUGCCAAAUAUGUAUUUCAAGGAUGUGGAAAUCUAUCAUCAUGAUUAUUUCAAAAAGUAUAUGGAACCGAAUUACCAAAUGGAAGGGAAAUUUGAUUACACCUUACUCAAUAGCUUCUAUACCAAAUGAGAUUAUGUAAAUGUGAUUAUUUCUUGGGAUAUGUAAAUUAAAGUAAUCUUGAAUUAAUUUUAUUUUUAAAAGAGA